AUGACUGCAUCAAGUAGAGGCCGGCGUGCCUUGCAAGGCGCUUUAUCAGCCUCUCCCAAUAUCUGCUCUAGAUGCGCAACAAACACCCGAGUUCCCGCUCGUCUCUACUCUUCGACGACAGCCACAGCCACCAAUCCUUCCUCAGAAGCUGCAGGACCUCCUCCUCCGGCGCGAGAACCCCCAUCGUACGACGUGCGCUCUGGGUUAAUCCUCACUCGGCCUCCCCUCCUGACUCGAAAGCUUCACCCUUUCGAGAACGCCUUCUUCUUCUACCAGAAACGACUGGAGGAGCGCCUCAACACCCCUUUCAUUACAAGCAUCUACUUCAAGCCCGAUACCGCGCGGCGCCUAGAUUGGAAUCUUAAGGUCAGCGAGCGCAAGGGAACCGUGGCCAAGGACAUUGGCGUGUACAAUGGCAAGGGGUCGAAAGCUUGGGACGACGAACUGAAAGUCGGAGAUCAACUUAGCAGUCAGGAGAACGUGCUGAACAGUCUGCUCAAGGAUGCAGAGGCCCGUGUCAGCGAUGACGCGGAGGUCAUUGCUGCGGAGGACGUGGUCCCCGUUGAGAGACCUGUGGAGAGGGAGACUGAGGCUGACAAGAAAGGGGAUGUGAAGAGGUUGGAUAGACAGCUUGAGAGGACUCUGUACCUUGUUGUCAAGGGAAAGGACGGAUGGGCCUUCCCGGCUGAUGUUGUUUCCAGAGAUGAGAACCUGCAUGAGGCCGCCCAAAGAGUGUUGGACCAAGCUGCCGGCGUGAACAUGAAUACCUGGAUCGUGGGCCGUGUCCCCGUUGCGCAUGUCGUCAAAAAACCUGUUCAGACUGACGAUGGCGCCGUCCAGACCCGUGGCCAAAAGACGUUUUUCCUCAAGGGAAGAAUCAUGGCUGGUCAGGCUGACUUGAAGGGUAAUCCUUUUGGAUACUCCGACUUCAAGUGGCUGACGAGAGAAGAAUUGGAAAAGGAGCUGUCGCCUGAAUAUUUCCGCGGUGUGCGCAACAUGAUGUCUGACAGGUAG